GUGGGCGACAGUUCGUUACGCUGUUGGAGCAAAACUCUAGUGACAUCGUUUGCUGAGAAUAGUAUCAAGGUUGUCAAGGAGCAGGUGCAGGAAACACCACGUAGGCGUGUUGGAGGCAAAAGAGGAGUGGAAAGCAGCAUCUCUCCAAAGUCUCUAGUACUGGAUAGUGUCGAGAGAUUUAGCGAGGAACAACAGCAUCCGUCUGGCGUGCGCAUCCCGAAGUUACCUCUUGCAGCACUCUCUCUAAGGAGAAGCCGAGAACCUGGCGGUCAGGAUGAUCUACAUCCGGGAAGUGCAUUGAACAGAAACAGCGCAAACAGAAGCUUUCCUCCGCUGAGACAAGAAUGUGCAGCACGUCGUCCCGACUCUGGCUUCGCAAGUGAAGAGGACGAAGCUUGUUCUUCUUCACGUUUUAGUAGUGACGAAGACGAGGAUGACGGUACUGUACUAGAAGAGGAAGAAGAGGAAGACAGCAAUUGCAAUUUCA